GGCGCCUCAGCCCGGCCCGGGGGCGCUGAGGGGUGGCAGUGUGGGCAGGCCCGCCGAGGUGGCAGCGUCGGCGAGUCCCCAGUCAUGGCCGACGACCUGAAGAGGUUCCUGUACAAGAAGCUGCCGAGCGUUGAAGGUCUCCAUGCUAUUGUAGUCUCAGAUAGAGAUGGUGUGCCUGUUAUCAAAGUUGCCAAUGAUAAUGCUCCAGAACAUGCACUGCGACCUGGCUUUCUGUCCACCUUUGCCCUUGCCACAGAUCAGGGCAGUAAACUGGGACUUUCCAAAAACAAAAGUAUCAUCUGCUAUUACAACACAUACCAGGUGGUGCAGUUCAAUCGCUUGCCUUUGGUAGUAAGUUUCAUUGCUAGCAGCAGUGCCAAUACCGGGCUGAUUGUAAGUUUAGAGAAGGAGCUGACACCCCUGUUUGAAGAACUGAGGCAGGUUGUUGAAGUUUCUUAACUUGAUGGUAUAGCUGGAGUACAGCAUCCCUUUGCAGCCCAGUGGACAGGAAGACUCAAUAAUCCUCAGUCAAAUAACACAUCUCAGAAGAAAUACCACAGCUCCGUAGUGUACUAAGUAAGAGUAAAUUGUACAUAGUACUGAAUCUGAAAUGAUCUACUAGCGUGUUGUAGGUGGCUGUUACUUUAGGCCAUGCUUCUUGUAUUGUGCAGUACUGGAGACCACCAAAAUAGCUCCCAUGGAGUUUGGCUCAGCCAGAUCAGCACGAUGCUGUUGGCUCAAACACACAACCGGCAGAUCUCUUGCUUUACAGGGAAGUGAGCACGACGUGGGGUGUGUCCUCAGGCCAGGUACACAGCAUGUUGGAAAGCAGAUCAGUUGUGCAGUGUUAUCAGAGAUGUGGUUGAAAGAGUACUGGGAGAGUACGUUUACUAGCAGCAAUGUGUUGGUACAAUCAAUAAACAUCCCAGCUUUAUUAUCUGACUGAUUCUUUGGCAAGGGAAUGCUACUAAUCUGGAUGCUAACUGCAUCCUGCUUCCACUAAAAAGAAAGCUAUUUCUGUGAUAGCUGUUGCUUUAGGGGUUUUGCUGGUGGACAGAUAAAAGCACCUGAACAACAUCUCACUUCAUGGUUUGGGCUUUUUUUUUCUUUUGUGUAACAUGGUUGUGAAGGUUUCAUGUCUCAUAGUCUUGGUGUGGGUUCAUCAUUGGUGACACUGAGCUCAUUUACCUUUAGGAUUUCCCAAGUAAAUAAGUAUAAAUAAAAUACAGUAUUUUUAAACGACA